UGCGCGCGUGGUGAACGCGCGUACACAGCACAGCUCGCCCACGAAAUGUUUUGCUCGUAAGGACGUGGUUAAGAUCAUAGACAAGGAUAGUCACCAAGCGCCAACUUUUUAUUUUUUUAUUUAUAUAUGUAUUUAUUUUUCGCGUGGAGUCAUGACGCUCAUAUCAGCCAAACGUUUCGUGGACGAGCUUUGCUGUGAACGCGCAUCCACCAUGCAUGCACGAGGAGGAAACAGACUCAAGUCAACCCGCCUCAGCUGUCAAGGGCUAGCUGGCUCAAAUCCGGGUGUGCAUCUUCCAGUAAUGACUUCUUAACACAAGUCUACCUCAGUGACAUUUAGUCCGUGUCAGUGCAACGCAACCGCUGAAGGCAAUGGGGUUGCCGCAGAGCUCGUUUUUGUCGGACGGGGAAACUAAUAGUGGAUAUCACGUCCAUGGGGUUCAGCAGGACUCCCCCGCCAUGAAGGCCGGCCUGGAGCCCUUCUUUGACUUCAUUCUCUCUAUAGGAAACACCCGACUCAAUAAAGAAAGCGACUUGCUGAAAGACCUGCUGAAGGCCAAUAUGGAAAAGGCGGUGAAACUCGAAGUGUACAACUCUAAAACCCAGCGGGUGAGGGAGCUGGAGGUGACGCCCAGUAACAUGUGGGGGGGCCAGGGUUUGCUGGGCGCGAGCGUCCGCUUCUGCAGCUUUGAAGGAGCCAGUGAGAACGUGUGGCACGUCCUGGACGUGGAACCAAAUUCUCCUGCAGCGCUGGCCGGCCUUAAUGCGCACAUUGACUUUAUCGUUGGUGCUGACCAGGUGUUGCAAGAUUCUGAGGAUUUCUUUUCUCUGAUUGAAGUCAGUGAGGGGAAACCUCUGAAGCUGCUGGUGUAUAACACACAGACUGAGCAGUGCAGAGAGGUAGUGGUCACUCCCAAUGGAGCGUGGGGUGGAGAGGGAAGCUUAGGCUGCGGUAUCGGCUAUGGCUACCUGCACAGGAUUCCCACUCGUCCGGCUCAGCCCGACGCCCAGGACAAGAAUCAAUCAAUGGUUACUGGCGGCAGUGAAGAGCCAGCUGACCGCUCUGAAGUGCCUUCAAUACCCGAGCCUUCUAGUGAGACGAGUUGGAAUCAAGCCGAAGGUGUAGUCUCACCCACACAGCAGGCCGCACACCAAAAUAUUUCCAGCAUCGCCGAAGGGAUGACUUUAAAUCUGUCGGACGUGGUUUCCCCUAAUGACGAGGGCCACAGCUCCAUGUACGCUAAUUACGGAGACGACUCGGGUGAUCGGUUCAGCCUCGAAAAUUCAUCUGUCGACCAAAUGCCUUCGUCUCCAGAGGGCGAAGGAGAACCGGACGUCCAGGAAGCCCAGCAGACUUACGGCACAGACCUGACCACAAAUACCUCUCCAAAAGUAGAGGCUGCAGAUGAAGUUGCUGUCCUCCAAGUCACCACGGAGAACCUUAGUGUCACAAGUGUCCCAGAGAUGCAAGAUACUAAAUCAGAGACCUCAGCCCAUAUUAUAGAGGAGGAGACGGCGGAGAUGGCGGAGAUGGCGGAGCCCGCUGCACCUCUCAGUUAGAAGAGACUAGAGAACAAGAAACUCUUAAGCUAAGUACCACACCACGAUGCAGAAAAAGCUUCCCCAUAUGAUUGUAAGUUGAAUCACUGCACCUCUUUUUAAUUUCCAUGAAGUUUAUUUAUACACCAGUGCCACUGCUGCAUGCUGAAUUGCACAUUUAAGAACGUCGUUAUGUUCACUGGAAGGACUAGAAGAUAGAGAUGGUUGAUGCAAUAUGAACGUAGGCUGUUUUAACGUCAUGCAGGAUGUUGAGUUGCUGCUAAAGUAACAUCCUUGUUUGCACAAAAAAAAAAAAAAUGCCAAAGGUAGAAAAAUAUCAUAACCGUUACCAUCUCCAAAAUAGUAUAAACACUGUAGGAAAAAAAAAACAAACAGAUGCAUCAUGAAGUUUUCUUUUUUUUUUUUUUUUACAUUUUGGAAGUAGGGUUUUUAUUUAUACUUUUGAGGGUACUCAUGUAGUUUUUAAUCUGAGGUAUUUACCAUUUAUGCCUUCAUGUCUUGCUUGAAAAAUCCUAAUUUUUUAUAUGUAAGUUUGGCUCUUGAUUGGUGUGAAUGAGUGAGCUGUGUGCGUUUUUCUUUUUCUCUUUAUACCCAUUUUAAUUAAGUUGUUUCUGGUUUCAAUGGAAGGAUGAAAAUUUGAAGAUAUUUAUAAAAAGAAGAUGCUCAAAAAAAACCUUCAGUUAUCUUGUUUGUCUUUUUUUUUAUCAAAUGAUCAGACU